AUGGAGAUGUCUACCAACGGGACAAGCUUUGGAAUUGAAUCUUUGCUGUCUCGCAGAUCUGCUAGUCCAGCCGUUUCGAAAAGAGACAGUUUAAUUGUAGAAUGUGGGUCUCCUUCCGGGUCCAGCGCGCGGUCUGAUUUGGACAGCGACUGUUCGUCUCCUCCUUCUCCGAGACGGGACUCUGUCGAGGAUCCAGUGCAAAACCAUGCUCGUAAUUUAAGACUAGAAUCCCCUCUGCAAAUUUCGCAACCACGGACAGUCACGUCGUCCUUUCUGAUCAGAGACAUUUUGGCGGACUACAAACCUCUCGCUACCUGCGCGCCCUACACCAGCAACGGACAGUCAGGCCAGGAUGCUGAUGACUACUUGGAUAAAAUACACAGCAAUUCCUCUUCGGAUAGUGAAUACAGAGUGAAAGACGAACACGACAUCUCGAGCAGCAGGGACACUCCGACGUCUAGGCUGAAGAAGCCAAGAAAAGCGCGAACGGCGUUCACCGAUCAUCAACUGGCCCAGCUCGAGCGCAGCUUCGAACGUCAGAAGUACCUGAGCGUGCAGGACAGGAUGGAGCUGGCGGCCUCCCUCAACCUCACAGAUACCCAGGUCAAAACGUGGUAUCAGAACCGAAGGACCAAGUGGAAGCGACAGACUGCAGUGGGGCUGGAGCUGCUUGCUGAGGCGGGAAACUAUUCCGCGCUUCAGAGAAUGUUUCCAUCGCCCUAUUUUUAUCCUCAAAGCCUGGUGUCCAACUUGGACCCCGGAGCUGGCUUGUACUUGUACCGCGGACCCUCUGCUCCUCCACCACCUCUUCAACGACCCCUUGUGCCAAGACUUCUCCUGCACGGUCUACAGGGAGGUGGCGAGCCUCCGCCGCCUCUCCCAUCGCUAGCAGGAGUGCUUCCCAGACCGACACCGCAGCGGUGA